GAAAUGUAGAUAUGAAAAAAAUGAUCUUUCUACGAGAAUUGAGAAAUUAAAUGAAUUUUAUGUUAAAACAAAUUUGAAUUACGAAGUACUAAAAGAGGUUAUGGAAAAAAGAUUGUCUUUAAAAUCUAAUUUGAAACUUAGAUAUUUUUGUAAAAUAUGCCAUAUUGGAUUUCGUCUUGCAAUCGAUCUAAGGAGACAUGAAACUGUACUACAUUUACCGAUAAAUGGACCAUACAAAUGUUGUGAAUGUGACGUAAAGAACACAGGUAGAUUGAACACAGUAUCUGAACUGCAGCAGCAUUUGACCACACAUUUUAUUUACAAAUGUUGUUUAUGUGCGGAUGUAUUCAAGACUGAGGCUUACGUGAUUCGUCAUAUAAAAAUUAUACACCGAUAUCAAUAUCGAUGUUUAGAGUGCAGGGAAUACUAUUAUUUUUCAGUACGUACAAUGAAAUGGUGCAGCAUUACGACAAAAUGCAUCCCCAGUUUACUUGUGACCAAUGCGGAGCAACGUGUAGAUCUAAGAAAGCGAUAGAAUCUCACAUAAAGUUCAGACAUCUACCAUCAGUUUGUGAUGUAUGUGGUCGGUUGUGCUCCAGCGGCACAGCGGUUGACUCACACAAACGUUUACACCAUCCAAAGAAACGUAACAGUGUUACUGAGUUAUCUUACUGCGUAGAAUGUAAUAUGCAAUUCGAUAAUGUUUAUAAAUAUAAGAAACAUCUUUAUCACGCGGUAGCACAUAAGCCACGUGUGCCAAUCAAAGUUCCUUGUCCAGGUUGCGACAGAAUAUUCAGCUCCAAAAGAUCCUCGAAUAAUCACUACAAUUUGGUACAUUUGAAGAAAACUAAACAUUAUUGUCAGCUUUGUGAUAAGUAUUUCGCAAGAUCAUGUGCGUUACGUAAUCAUAGACAACGAAUCCAUGAGAGAAAACACCUAACCAAAGACAAGAUGUAAGACGCAUGGAAGGAGUAAAAAACUGAAUUGACUGGACUAUUCCAGACUGUAAGGUCCAUUCAGAUUAGAUCAGUUGUAUGGACGUGAUGAAAAUCCAUCCAUACAAACGAAAAUGCAAGAAACUAAACUAUUUUAUCUCCGUGGACACAAGUUGGUACAAAACUUUCUUUGUAGAUUUAGGCCUAAAAAUCUUCAGCGCUUUAGUUUUUGUGCAAAAUAAAAAUGCUUCCAAUAA